AUGGAGGCUGUCACAACGCCAGAGCCCACCAAGGCUGUCAUGACACCAAAGCCCACUAAGGCUGUCACGACGCCAGAGCCCACCGAGGCUGUCACGACGCCAGAGCCCACCGAGGCUGUCACGACGCCAGAGUCCACGGAGGCUGUCACGACGCCAGAGCCCACGGAGGCUGUCACGACGCAAGAGCCCACUGAAGCUAGCCCACUGAGACUGUCACGCGCGAGCCCACUGAGGCUGUCCACGGCGCCAGAGUCCACCCGGAGGCUGUCCACGGCGCCAGAGUCCACGGAGGCUGUCCACGGCGCCAUUGAGGUCCUUACUGAGGACACUGAUGUUACACCAAAGGAGACUGGGGAGAUUGUCCCAUCUCCACCCUCUGCCAGCUCUCCACCAGCUCUGCAAGUGGUUGAGAUCCCUCAGCCACAGAGCCAACUGCUGGCCAAACAGGCUGUCACGACACCAGAGGUCACUGAGGUCGUUGAGUUGCUCACUGAGGAUAUUGAUGUCGCACCAGAGAUUGGGGAGAUUGUCCCAUCCCCGACCUCUGCCAGCUCACUUCCAUCAGCUCUGCAAGUGCUUGAGAUCCCUCAGCCACAGAGCCAACUGCUGGCCAAAAUUGUGACUGAUUUCGAUGAGGACGUUGCUGAGGUCACACCUCUGGCUGAAGCUGUGAUCGAUGAGGUCACACAAAAGAUCAGCACUUGCCAGGGCUCUGUGGACCGGUCUCAGCUUACUGAAUAUGUCAGUGACAAUCAAACUGAUGAUCAUGAGACCAAAGCAAAGAGGAGCAACAUCUUCUCCCGCUUCUUCAGCAACAUAUUCUCAAAGAAUGAGAAGAAAGAGGAGAAGAAGAAGCCUUCAGCUGAUAAUCUCAACAGGCGGACUCCUGUUUGGAAGCGGCUGUUGCUUGAUGAGUGA